CGUAGGGUGUUGCGGUGUGGAUGCGCGAGGAACGCGGCGGUGGGCGUCGUAGCGAUAUGGAUUUCGUCUCGUCGCCAGGCAACAUCACGCAGGAGGACUUCCUCGCGAUCGUGGGAGCGAACGGAACGUACGGUGGUGCGGGCGGUGCCGGCGUCGGUGGUACCGCCAUGUUUAACGACUCACUAGCGGCGGCAGCGGCAGCAGCAGCCGCAUCCGCCGGCACCGGCGGAACCGGUGUCGGACCGGGCGAAAACCUUACCAUCCUGCACGGUGCGUACCCGAGCGGGUACACGCUACCGCACAUCAUCAUCGCAUCAAUUAUCGUGACAAUACUUAUGAUAGUCAUCGUCGUCGGCAACAUGCUCGUCAUCAUUGCGAUCGCGACGGAGAAGACGCUCAAGAACAUCCAGAACUGGUUUAUCGCGUCCCUGGCGGUCGCGGACUUUUUUCUCGGCCUGGUCAUUAUGCCGUUCUCGCUCGCGAACGAACUGAUGGGGUACUGGAUCUUUGGGAACUGGUGGUGCGAUGUGCAUUCGGCGAUGGAUGUGCUGCUGUGCACCUCGUCCAUCAUGAACCUGUGCCUGAUCUCGCUCGACCGCUACUGGAGCAUCACGAAGGCGAUCGAGUACCUCAAGUCGCGUACGCCGGCCCGGGCCGCCUUCAUGAUUGCCGCCGUCUGGAUCAUGUCCGCGCUCGUCUGCAUACCGCCACUGCUCGGAUGGAAAGCGCAACGGCCCGAGGGCCAUGUGGAGCUGCCCCAAUGUCAGCUAAGUCAAGACAUCGGUUACGUGCUGUACUCGGCACUCGGAUCGUUCUAUAUUCCGAGCUGCAUCAUGGUGUUUGUCUACAUCCGGAUCUAUUUUGCGGCGAAGGCCCGUGCGCGGCGCGGUAUCCGUAAGAAACCGCUAAAACCACCGAGCGAACAGGAUACGAGCUUCACGCGAAAUGCCGGUACCGUGCCGAUGCCAUCGCUACCCAGUGCCUCUAGCAAUAACAAUCAGUCGACGGCGCAAAACCCGCUGCAACUAUCCACCGGUACGGGCGGUGCGCAGCCCGUCGGCAACACUAUCAGCGGGACGACGCAGAUCGCAACGAUAGAGCCGCCGCCGCGCGGCACCAGCUCGUCGGCCGGCACCCCGAUGCCCAUCCCGGUCGUGACGUGCGACUUCGCCUCGGACAUGUCGACGAGCGAGGCGGCGACGGCCGAACAGGACAAUCACGGGCCAAUCUCGCCGGUCGGUGCGGGUGGGCUCGAGCCGAAGGAUACGCUUAAGGUGGCGCAACCGAUGCAGCAGGGCCGGAGCAGUAGCACGAACGGUAUUUCGUCGGCCGGCAGUACCGAACCGUCACCAUCGCCGUCCGCCACCGCCCGAAACCGGGCGCUCUCGGUCGGGAUCGAUACGGAUAUGGUGAGCGAGUUCGAUCCGUCCAGCUCGGACUCGGGCGUGAUCAGCCGGUGUGCGGUGGUGAAACCGCUCAAGUUUCGCCUCUGCCAGCCAAUCUUUGGCAAGGGCAAGGCAAAAUCGCGCCAAACCAACGCGAAAGCCGGCCACGGUGGGUCGGGCGGUGGCGGACGGGGUGGUGGCAACUGUACGCAACCGAUGCUGGGGAGUACGAGCGGUGGUGGCGGACAGCAGGCCAUCUCGCAGCUGAUCGCCGCCAAGCAGACGGACAGUGCGUGCAGCGAGCUGGAGCCGGCACUGCCGCCGAAACCGAAACCGCGCGACCCGGAAAAGGAAAAGCGGCGCAUCGCGCGUAAGAAGGAAAAGCGGGCCACGCUCAUCCUGGGACUGAUCAUGGGCAGCUUCAUCGCCUGCUGGUUGCCGUUCUUCUUCCUGUACAUACUCGUGCCGGUCUGCCCGGACUGCCACAUCCCGGAGAGUGCGUUCUCGCUCGCGUUCUGGCUCGGCUACAUGAACUCAGCGCUCAAUCCGGCCAUCUACACCAUCUUCAACAAGGACUUUCGGCGCGCGUUCCGGCGCAUCCUAUUCAAGUGAUGUUUAGCGUACGUGUGCUGCUAUCGCUGCGUCUCCCGUAGCAUCGAGAAGGCUACGGAGCGGGCCAUUGGCGGCGCACAGCUCGGCGGCGGCUACCGGGGUGGCUACAUGCGAUGAUAAUACGCGCCGCUAGGUGGCGCCACCACAACCCCGGCACGGCUGUCCCUGCACCGGCGCUGGUUCGCCCUUAUCGCGCUUCUCCUAUCCUGCUAUCCGCCGACCGGCAUUGCCGCGCUGAACGCCACCAUCGUCAUCUUCGUCGCCGACGCAUCCCGGCAGGUGUGCAAAGCGCCCGGCAGGUAUGCAAUGCCGCCCAUCUAUCGGUAACACCAAAACAACAAGUAACGCGUUACAGUAAGAACGAACUAAUCAAAACCAAAUACUUCGCACGUGUAUGUAUGUGUUUGCGUGUGAGUGUGUGCGAGUGUGCAAAAAGUAAACACACGCGCACAUACACAUACACACACACCUCACACUCGCAUUCACCUUCAGCUAUAGUCGAACGUUGGGCCUGUGUGCGAAUGUGUAUGUGGAUGUGAGUCUGUGUGUGUGUAUGUGUGUGUGUGUGUGUGUGUGGGGCUGAAACCGCACAAAGCCGCAGAACAAACAAAAAAAGGUGUGUGAACGUUAGCAGUAUUUUCCCCACCAAAUUACUCUCCCACCUAGCUAAUGUGACCAGGUGCAGUAUGUAGACGAAGAGAAAACCAGAAAACUACAAACAAAAAUCCUAAAGUUGGAAAACAAACAUAAAGUUGAUAAAAAAAACCAACAAUAUAACAAGCAACUACUUACAACUAAACGCACUAUACGGUGUAACAUAAUUUGCAUUUUGAAGCAAGAGAAGAAAAAAAAGAGGAAUACAGAAAGGAACAAAAGCCAAUCGGAGCAGGAAAGCAUCAUAAUUGUGCACCAAAACUGUAGCAUAUGUUAGAGCGGGGAAAAAAGGGGGAAACAAGUAAACGUAAACUCGUAGUUUUAAGAUCGGAGAGCGGAAGCGGAAGGUGAGCGGUAGCGGUACGUUAUACAAGGAAACACAUCUUUUCUUAACUAACUGUGUAUAGCGCAUAAGAGAAAAAUCAAAAUUAAACAAACUCGUGCUCGUACUUAAAACAUAACCCCCAAAACAAAAACUUCCCACUCAUACGAAUAGCCCUCGAAGCGAGGGUGGACAUAAGGAACGUUCGUUCCCUUGUUACUUGAUAUAGCAUAUAUCUAUAAGCAUCCUUCAUUAACGGACCGACGUACUUACACAAAUGCAAUAUGGUGACUAGUGCGUAAGUUUAGAUAACUAAUAACUUCAAAAACUAAUUAGCACACAAACAAACAA